AUGACUUCUUCGCCCUUUCCUUGCAUGGCGCCAUGCGACCCUCCCUUUGCCACAUCGGCGACAGGAACAGGGGGGGCGUCACCUGACGUGAGGCCCCAGAACAAGCGACAACGCGUGGAGCAGACACCAUGUGAUACUUGGAGAAAGGAUAUUUGCCGAUUCCUCGAUGCCGCUGCUGCAUCCGCUCGCCCGGAGCUGACGGUUGCCGAGUUCUCCCGAGAGCGGAUUGUCUUUGAGGCCUAUCGCGUACUGCGCUCCUGUUGGCUGUUCCGCGGCAAUGCGCGUGACGCGUUCGAGCCAGCGUGCCACCUGCACAAAGUGACGCAACAGGUGCUUGUCACGUAUUGCGGAUACGGCUUAACAUAUGACGGUCAGUAUCUCGUCCUUAAGGGAGAGGAGUGGAUGCCGUCCGUCGGCCUUCUUCUCGUCGUGUUGCAACAGAUGUUGCGGGAGUACGGCGACCACGGCCAGUCUGCCCUGGCGACAAUGGUAACAAAACCAGCAGCGGGACUGCGGUCUCAUGCCUCAGCUUGCGGCUUCGGGAACGCCGAGGUGUGCGUGGUAACGUUGAGCUGCGAGGGCUUUGGCCAGUUGGACGCUGCAGGCGGCUUUGAGCACAGGCAGGAGCGGCUCAUGGCGGUGCGACAGGUGUUGCGCGAGGCGGUGGACGCCGCAGCACACCCCAGCGUUGUGCUCCUCGGCGACUGCGUGCUGUCGGAGAGUGAUGUACUCGCUCUCGCCGAGGGUCUCCAUGCGGAGUGCUUUACCGCCGAGCAGCAUCACGGCUAUGGCAUCGCGUGCCUCGUCUCUGGCGCCAACGCCCGGGCGGCGUGCGGGGUUGUGGGUGAUGACGACAACGACGACGCCAGCCUUGCACAUGCGGUGAGCUGCGGCUCCUGGCGGACCCGCAGUAUGUGCGUGCAUGGGGUUCUCCUGAGCCCCAUGGGCCCGCUGUUUCUGCACGCGCAGCAGUACAGCAACUGCGACGGUGCCAAUGGGGCCGACCCCGAUGAGGCUGGCCUGCACGAGUGGCUCGGGCGCGUCGCGCAGGCGCCGCAGCCAACCGUUGUGGUGCAGUGGGGCAUCGAGAGCCUCCCCUUGCUUGGCGACUACCGGCGCUGCGCCACAACUGGGGCAGGCGACGGUGACGGGCCGGUGAUGCACGGGCGCGGCGCAGCAGUGGUGGAGUCCCCCGCUGCCAGCGGGGAGUGCCGUGUCUGGCGCGUGCGAGUGCCACUGGAUUUGUGA